CCAAGCAACCAGCUUUACAGCCGCUCCGUGGCUCUUCUGGCCGGCGGUAUUACGUUAGGUGUACAGGCCACGUACCAGACCGGACCGAGAAGCCGGGUCUUUAAGAGUGACUAAUGGUUAUGGACCGGAGCUCAGACUGAGCUUCCGCCAUGAACGACCGGUACCACCGGGCGGCCCGGGACGGCUACCUGGACGUCCUGAAGGAAGCCACUCGGAAGGAGCUGAACGCCCCGGACGAGGAUGGGAUGACGCCGACCUUAUGGGCCGCUUAUCACGGCAACCUGGAGGCGCUCCGGCUCAUCGUAGGCAGAGGAGGUGACCCGGACAAAUGUGACAUCUGGGGGAACACGCCACUCCACCUAGCAGCUGCCAAUGGCCACAUCAGUUCUCUCUCCUUCCUGGUAGCUUUCGGUGCCAAUGUGUGGUGUCUGGACAACGACUACCACACACCUCUGGACAUGGCCGCUGCCAAAGGUCACAUGGACUGCAUUCGAUACUUGGACUCCACCGCCGCCAAGCAGAUCACCAUUAACCCAAAGCUGGUCAGCAAGCUGAAGGACCGGGCGUUCCGGGCUGCGGAGCAUCGCAUCAAAGACUGCGAGAAGCUCCAGAGGAAGCAUCGGGAGCGCAUGGAGAGGAAGUUCAUGAAGGGGUCGGUGGCUCUGGACAACCUGGAUGCUAUUAGCUUCUCCAGUUACACCAGCAGCAGCACGCUAAGCCGCAAGUUCAACACUGUCACCUCCAACAUGCCAUUUUCACAGACUAUGCUGCAUUCAACAGCCAAGGGCAAGGCCAAGAUUCAGAAGAAACUAGAGAAGAAAAAGCAGGUUGAGGGAACGUUCAAGAUCUAUGAAGAUGGGAGGAAGAGUGUCCGCUCGCUCUCGGGCCUGCAGCUUGGUAAUGAUGUCAUGUUCCUCAAACAAGGCACCUAUGCCAACCCUAAAGAGCGGACCCGUCUCAAUAUCCGGGACAUGUUCGCCCGGGAAAAUGACGAUGAUGUUGAGACAGUUUCUCGUGCCAUGAGCGACCCUGGCCUCUAUGAGGCGGCAUAUUCAGAAAUCAGCGCAGACUCUGGGCGAGACUCCCUUUUCACCCGCCCUGGGCUUGGCACCAUGGUCUUCAGAAGGAACUAUAUGACAGGCGGCAUGUUGGGGAUCAGAGGACAAGAUGAAGGGAGCAUUGUAGGAAGUGAACCUGUCGGUCGAGCACCUAAUGUCCGUUUCCAUGGACGCCUGCCUCAGCGCUCUCCUAGCUUUGAUGAGGACAGUAUCGGCAGUGUGUUCAGUCUACAGGCUAGGAACUUGCAGGAAUUACCUUGGGAAGAGGCUGACAUCGGGUUGGAUGAAGACAUGGAACCAGAGAAUAAUCCUCUGGAGACUUUUCUGGCCACCCAGGGCCUUGGUGAGUUCUUGUCCAUCCUCAGUCGUGAGAAGAUCGACCUGGAGGCGCUGCUGCUAUGUUCAGAUCAGGACCUCAGUAGUGUUCAUAUCCCAUUAGGCCCUAGAAAAAAACUGCUCGACGCCUGCAAGAGGCGUCUUGAUGUUCUCGAAGAACCAGAAGCUAUUGAGGACACUCAACUUUGAGAUUUUGUCUGUUUUACAGCAGAAACUUCACCCUUUGCCUUCAUUCCUAGCAGAUAGAUGCAUGUCUAACUUCAGUAGUAAUCAUAUCUUUGGAUCAUGUUUACAAAAUAUUAUUGGGCAAGACAGAACAUAUAUUGUCUUUCAUUAUGUUACUCACUAAUCAGCAGAUAAAUCAGUUUUUGUAGAUCAAAGUUUUUUGGUUUUUUUUGGUUCCAAACUAAAAUAGUUGAAAAUAUAUCAUGUUGCAAAAAACAAAUAUUCAAACCCGAUUAAUGACUCUGUAACGCUGCAAACACUGCUGUGGCCUUGUUUAGCUCCAGUAAAGUAAUUCCACCAUCUAGUGGCUGCUAGGUGUAACUGCACCCAAUUGAAGAUUAUUGUUUUCAAAGUUUGACACAAACAGGUAAGCUUUUAAAGAUUCUCCCCCAAUAAAACCUGCUUCAUUGUUACUUUAGUAUUGAAUCACCUUUGCAUUGUUGCAUCAAAGAAGAAUUAAAAUGUAAAUUUUGCAUUUACUUUGAAACACCUUUUUUCUUUGGAACAUGUACAUUAUUGAAUGUACUGUAUGUUUGUGAUUGAAACAGACCUGAGACUGAAUGCAAAAAGUGCAAAAAGAGUAAGACGAUAAAGUGUCGGGGCAAAGUUACGUGAGUGUGCAGAAGACAAAGCUGCAGUCUCAGGUUUCUCCAUGUCGGAUCACCUCUCAGCUCUGGUUGUAGCUGCACCCAUGGCCAUGACCCUGCAUGUAUGAUAUGUAUGAUCAUUUUCAUGUUUUUGUAAUGACUGCCUGAAAAUGUACCCAGAAACAUGUUAUGUUUUAUUAAAAUAAAAUAAAGAUAAUAAAUGAAAUGAUAAUAAUAAAAUAAAA